GCCACGAUCACGCUGCAGCGUGUACGUCGUCUGUUUUCUGUAAAAAUAAAUGUUAUUGUAUUUUGCUCUUCUCCGGAUUUGACGUUAAAUUUUCACAACAUGGCGUCUGAAACUGAAGUAAGUCGGCCUUGGACGGAUGAUGAGCUAAAAUCGGACAACACUGCCAAGAAAGCAAUUGCUACAUUUUUGCAAGAGCAUGCUUCCAAAAAGUUCUUGAGGGCACACAAGAUGCUGGGCUCUUUGAAACAAAUUACAAAGGUUUGCAACAAAGAUCAGUUUGUCAAAGCCUACAAGGAAUUGUUUGAGCAAAAGGCUUUCAAAGGUCCAGAUGACGAGGAGGAAGACUUGGAAGAGGUCACAAAGAAGGCAGCAGAGAUCAAGAUCAAACCCAAACCUGUUCAUGAGGAGAAAGUUGUUGAAGCCCCCAAGUACACCAAGAAAGUCCUGAAACAGGGUGACAAGACGACAUUUGCUAAGAAGGGAGAUCUGGUGUCUGUGUGGUACACAGGCAAGCUGACCGACAACACAGUGUUUGAUACCAAUAUUCAAUCUGGUAAGAAAAAGAAGACAGCUAUACCCCUCAAGUUUAAGGUUGGAACUGGCAAGGUUAUCCGAGGGUGGGAUGAGGGUUUGCAGACCAUGACUCUGAAUGAGAAGGCGGAGCUUACCAUUGAACCAGAGUGGGCGUAUGGAAGAAAAGGAAAGCCGGAAGCAAAGAUUCCUCAAAAUGCAACUCUCAUUUUUGAGGUGGAGCUUGUUGGUGUUGACUGAACAACAAAACGUGAACACCUUCUUCUUCUUCUGCUGCCUUAAAGGAUUUGUGUACUUUUUGUAACACAAAACACAAUGUCCACAGAUUUACA